GAGAAAAUGAGCUAUCUUUUCCCUAUGAGAUACUUAGAGCUUCUUUGAGUGGAAUGCCUAUUUCUAUCCAAUUCAUCCUACCAAAUCUUUCUAAUGAUUACUCGGACACUCACAGAAGGCGGCCAACUACGGUGUUUCGGCCGCUGCUUGGAUGUGUGGGUAGGAGGUCCUCAGUUUUUUCCGGAUUUGGAGUCAUAAACUCCAAGAUUGUAUAUGAAGUGCAAGGCAUGGGAAACGGAAUGGUGAAGUCUCUUCUUGAUUCAGGAUGUUUUUACUUGGACUGUAAUUUGUCUCAGACCAAAUUAG